ACCAGAGAAAGCAGCACUGCUUUAACACGGAGCGAUGCACAGUGAGUAUGCGUCAGAACUGGGAAUUAUUAACAGCGGAGUACAGCAAGGUAGUGGUACACGGAGUCCGAAAUAAAUAUUAAAAUCACCAGGAAGAAACAAAACGAGAAGAGGCCCAGGACACUGCGAAGGGAUGGAAUUCCCUGUGGAUUUACUGACAGACUUCAGUCAUGAAGACCUGGAGCACUCGGCUGAGGACUACAUGUCUGACCUGCUGUACAGCGACCCCAACGACCCACAGUACUUCACUCUGCCCAGCCGAAGAAAGAUUCCCCUGAGUCUUUCCUCUGUUGGCUAUGUGCCUCUGUAUGGAGCCGAUCUGAAGCACAAAGUCUUGGCACUAUUUGCACCAGAGGACCAAUUCACAGCUGCUGCCCUGUAUUUGGCUGAGCAGUGGUGGGCUGUAGAAGAUAUCCUAAAAACCUCAGCCCCCUCUCGAAAGGGACUGGUGAAGGUGAGAUCACUGGGGGAGAGGAUAGUUCUGUAUGUACUCAAUCGCAUUGUUUACAGAGUCCAGGAAAUGAGCACAAGCCAAGUUCCUUUUCUUUGUCACAGUGAAACCGAUUUUGCUAAAAUUCUCUGGAAGGACGGAGAGGCUGUUGGAUUUUAUUCAGUCAAACCUGAAGGAAGCCUGUGCAGAAGCUUCCUCACCCAGUGCUACCAGCUCCCAGUCCUGGACUCCAUAUUCCUGAGGAAGCAGCACCGUGGCAAGGGGCAUGGCGUACAGAUUCUGGAAGAUUUCGUCGACUGCUUUACAGAGGACGCUCUGGGCUUGAGAUACCCACUCUCGCCUGCCAUGUACAGAGUGUGUGCGCAGUACCUGGACAAGUACCCAGGAGACCAGGACCUACUCUGGGAAGUUGAAGGAAUCGGAAGCUUGUUCCAGAGAUUCCGCUUAUCUAGCAGAAUCCAAGCCCAGGCACUGAAAGAAACAUACCAAGCUGUGAGAGAAGCGUCUUUGCCUCAGGCGGUAGCCGAGAAUGAACCUUUCGAAUCUGAAGAGCGCAUGGAAGCAGAAACACAGCAGAACUCUGACAAGGUAGAACCAGCAAAGGAUGAAGAACAGAUGAACAAUACAGAGAUUGUUUUAGAACAUUCUGGAAACACGCCUGUCUCAACGCGCACCAGGAGCAGUCACUACAGGCGGAAGAGAUUAAGAGAAGAGGAGGAGGAGGAGGAGGAGGCUGAAAUAAGCAUUCCACAGCCAACACCUUCAAACAGAACUCUCAGCUCUGAACCUGUGGAAGCUGCAGGAGAAACCCCCGUGAAGGUACCAGAAGAGGAAGCUGAGGAACCUCAAAGAGACCAACCUGAGGCAGAACCUGAAGAGACACUGGAGGAACCAAAGAGAGAGGAGGAGGAGGAGCUGUUGAGGGAAACCGAUCUCUUGAAGCAGCCUGACGUGGAGCCUGUCAACGGGGAGGUGAUCGAUGAGCUGACCCAGACAUCUUCAGGGGCUGAGGAGGCGGUGGAGAAAGAGCAUUCGGACAGGGCGUCGAUCGCCCAGUCUGACAACGUGGAGCAGGAGGCAGGCGCCACGGAGGCUGCAGAUGAGCCAGCGCAGGAUGACACACAAGACGAGGGGGACGUGGAUGAAGCGGGUGAAGUGGAUGUAGAAUCUCUUGAGGAGACACAACAGCAGGAAGCUGCCUCCCCAGAGGGAGACGCAGAGACGACAGCAGAGAAUGAGGGGCCUGCGGGGGACGAAGAGGCUGCCCCGGAAUCUCCUGACAACACCGCAGCAGAGCCCUGCGAGGAAACUGCGCAUGACAGAGCUGUGAACUCAGAGCAACCGCAAGAGACAACUGGGGGAGCUACUGAAACUGAGGUGGCUGAGGAAGAACCAGAGGAAAGUUACCAUGACAACAAAGCCGAACAGGUAGAACUUCAGACCCCGAUGGACUUGAGUCAGGAUACGCUGCUGCUGGUGGAACUCAAAGACGUGUCUUUCCAGCCACAGAUGGAGGAACAGGAGGACCAAGUGAAAGAGCCAGCCGAGGAGCCGGAGGAACAAACAGAGCAGGAUUCGACACCGGCUGCCAAGGAAAAGGCUGUCGAGAGCAACUCGGAUGAGACAGAGAGCGAGCCUCCCAUUGUGGACAGGAGAGUUCUGAGGAGGAAGGCUAAAGCGAGCAGGGGCCCAAGUAAGAAACGCAGCAAGACUUCCACUUAAAAACCAAAACACACUGACGGAGCAUCUGGAAAUCAGCGACUGAUAUUUUCAGAUGAGGUGUAAUUGGCAUUGGGUACAGGAUUUGGGAUUUUUUUUUUCUUUAUAUAACACUGCAAAACUGAACACUUUUUUAAACACUGAUUUUUUUAAGUAAAAAAAAGAAGAAUCACUUUCUCAAAUGUAACCAAGGAAUUUUAUAUUCACUUAAGUGCAGCAUUGUAAUUUGUACAAAUUAGUCUAUUUGAGUGCUAGAAUUGGUUGUUGUCUCCAUCCAGAGUAAGCAAGUGCUGUAGUAGUUGGCAUGGUAACCAGUAGGAUCCUGAUAUAGUUGCUUCUAAAUGGCUCUUAUGGAGAAGAUAAACAGUGUGUACUAACUGGGAUUCCACUGGCUAUGCUGGAGGGACAAGGGUUUGCUGCAUCCUCACUCCACUGUUCUCACCCUCUUCUAGAAAAAAGCUCUUCUGCUUUCAACCUCAAUUUUGUGUCAGUCGCCAUGGUACCUCCUAUAAACAGGUAUUUUACAGGAUGUUUUUAAGAAUGUUCUACUUUUGGUAGAACCAUUUGGUUUGGGAUUUUUCAGAUUUUAUUAAUAUUUUGAGGAUAAGAACUAUGAAUAUGUCAGCUCUAGUGUAUAAAAAGCUCAAAGAAUGGACAAACCUCGAAUGGUUUUGUGAUGUUGGAUUAAUUUUGUGUUUGGUGUUCAUAAAAGGCAACUAAUAAUGUAAGAAAUGUGUUAUUUCUGGCAGGCAGGAUACAUGCCGUCUUGUAUACAGUACAGUAACUUUCUAAUCGGGGUGCAGAGCUACCUGUUCUAAAACCCCGCAGCUGCAAUGUGUGCUCACACAGGCAGGUGCAUUGCAUGAUGGGUGGGCUUGUGCUGUGCUGGUGGAGCUACAGCUGGGGAUAAAUCUAGCACUGGGCAGAGUCCGGUUUGUGGCAGUAGAAAUGAGGAAAUCUAAAUCUGCAGCAAGGCUUUAUUUUGAUUAAGACUGGUCUGUUGGGAUGCUGAAUACUUUACUACAUCAGUAUUUUUACCUAGCAUUGCUUGCCUUUUCUCAUUCACCAUGACCAACCUUCAUGAAUACAUGAAAAGCAUUGGCAUAUCAGUACUGUUGUCCAACUGCAGUGAUGCUUUAUACAUACUGUGGUUUAUUUUUGUGUGUGUCAAAACAAGAAACCCUAGAAGAAUUGAAUAGGCAGCCACCCCUAGCUGUUGUAAUAUUGGAUCUUUUCAGUAAAUACCAAGAUUUACUUGGUGAUCGGAAAUUGUUUUGAUGUUUACUUGAAUUAGAAACCAGGUGUGUACAGGUGAUGUUGCAACACAGUCAGCACUGUUUGAUCAGGAGAAGGAAAAGCAUCCUGAAUAAACGGCUAUCGUUUCAUCAUUUGAAAAGACUGUAUCCCAAUUAAACAAAGUGAUGACGUAAAUAGCAUUGGGAAGAACCAUCACCCAGAGUUGGUUUCGCAUUUAAGCAGAAAUCCUGAUUAGGUGGCGCCGACUUUGUGUAAAUUCAGCUUGCUCAUACUUUGUGAAUACCUCACUGUAACACAGUUGUCAGUCUUGGAAAAAUAUACCAAUAUAUUCCUACCAGGGGUGGGCAAGUUGGCAUAUUACUGGUGAUGUUACACAAGCAAAACACAAAAGGAAAAACCCCACACAGCAUAGAAUUAUUUUGGACAAGCUACACACAACAAAAAAAUGAUUUCCAAGUAGAGCAACGAAAAGUUCAAUACUAGUGUCAUGCCUUCUUUCUAUAUAGUGAAUAAAGUUUGUUCAGAGAAAUAAAAACAUUUUUUCACUGCCAACCUUUCUCUUGGGACCACUGGUUUAGAUUCCCAAACAAACUUUAUUCACAGCAUAGAACUGAAAAGGCAUUGAAAAGAGAAAUAUUAAACGCCCACGAACUACACAUUACAAUUAUUCUACUACGUAGUUAAUUUGAAAUGAAGGCAUUCAGAAGAAGUGUGAUUUCUAUAGGUCAAGAACACAAUCAGAUUGCAGCCACCGUGCCCGUGACCUUGAUGGUCGUAUUGCUUUUUUGUGCAAAUGCACAUUCCAUGUUGCAAGACGUUUUAAACAGUCACAGUUGUACUCUGGUUUUAUACCCCAAAUAUUCUAAAGUUUAUUAGCAUUAAGUCUUUGAUAUAAAUGGAAAGGUUUCCUUGACAAUAAUGUGCAUUAGUUAUUUGAAUAGUGUUUGAUGAUAACUUUUGAACACUAAUUUGAAACAUUGUACUCUGGUAGGGAUUAAACUUUAUUUUUUUCUUGGUGAUGGCUCCUCCUCAUUGUGGUCUUUUUUAUCCAUUUAGAUUUUUCUCUAAACCUGCCUGUACCUUGCUUUGCAGUUCCUUUAUUUUGUCCAGACAAUGCUAAACUCGAUCAACUCUGACCACCCCACUUGCUCGUCGUUUAGUUGGGAAGUUGCAUUGCCACAUGGUUGGAGUGGGAUGAACCUAACAUCAGCGCGGCAGAACCACAAACCACCCAGAAUGAGUGCAAACACAAGUCAAGGAAAUGUAAACAAAACAAAACCACUGAAAUUACAUUUGAAGAUACUUUCUGUUUAACACUUUGCUGCCCUGGGUAUGCUCCCAUACCUAUUUAAUGACUAUUUUCUCAAUGUCAAAUAUAUUGGGCAGCAAAGGGUUAAUGAUACAUAGUGACAGUUUUCCUAAGAAAAACAUACAGUACAUGCAUAAGAGAAUCAGCUGCAGAGUACACUGGAAUUGAGAAUGCUGUCGAUCUGCUGUUUACACAACACGAUGCAAUUGAAAACGCAGGUAAGUUAACACUGAAACUUGAUAAGCUGUAUUCAAUUAAAAAUCUCUGCUUAAAAUAAAUCAAGAAAUGGAUAGUGUUUUGUGGGUGCAGCACUCAAGGGACCUUACUAACAUGGUUAGGUUUCCAUGUGUACAAUUGUGUGGCUUGGCUUGGCUUGGUAGUUUCACAUGUACAACAUCCAAAAACAGCUAAAAAAAAUGUACUAAUGUUUAUGACCUUUGUGAUUUGGGGUGCAAAAAAUACAAUUGAAACCAAAACAGGAAAUCGCAUGAAAUGCAGGUACGCUCAACCUGCAACGUGAAACCAGCUGCCCUUAGGGAAGUAUAAAGGCAACCAGCUUGAACGUGAUUUAACCUUAUAUAAACACUUUCAGUCAAAUGAGCAAAUGAACCAGUCCAACUUGUAAUCUUUAAAUGCCCAAACUGACACAGAUUCUCUCUCUUUAAAUAAUGUGAUAAUUACA